CCCGGAGCCGCCGCGGCCGCGCCCCGCCCCGCUGCGAGUGCGCCUGCGCAGCCGUCCGCUUGCCCGGCCGCCGCUUCCCCUCCCCCUGGCCCCCCGCGGGGGCUCCGGCUCUGGCGGGACCAUGUUCACCAGCACCGGCUCCAGCGGGCUCUACAAGGCCCCGCUGUCCAAGAGCCUCCUGCUGGUGCCCAGCACCCUGUCCCUCCUGCUGGCCCUGCUCGUGCCUCACUGCCAGCGGUUCUUCGUGUAUGACCUCCAGGCCGUCAAGGAUGACCUCCAGAUUUGGAGGUUGAUCUGUGGAAGAAUCAUUUGCCUUGAUCUGAAAGAUACUUUCUGCAGCAGCCUGCUGAUUUAUAAUUUCAGAAUAUUUGAAAGAAGAUAUGGGAGCAGGAAAUUUGCAUCCUUCCUGCUGGGCUCCUGGGUGCUGUCGGCCGCCGUGGACUUCCUGCUCGUCGAGGCCAUGCGUUUUUCCUUUGGUAUCACUGCGGCCCGGAAUUUGCCUUCUGGAUUCCUGGCGCCCCUGUUCGCUCUGUUCGUCCCGUUCUACUGCUCCAUACCGAGGGUCCAGGUGGCUCAGGUGCUGGGCCCUCUGGCCAUCACAAACAAGACCUUGAUUUAUAUAUUGGGACUGCAGCUUUUCACCUCUGGUUCCUACAUCUGGAUUGUAGCCAUAAGUGGACUUAUCUCCGGCAUCUGCUACAAUAGCAAGGUGCUGCAAGUGGACCGCGUGCUGUGCGUGCCCGGCUGGGUGGCCAGGUUCUUCUCCUGCACCCUCGAGCCCAUCUUCUCGUCGUCGGAGCCGGCCACCGAGACCCGCAUCGGUAUGGGCGCCACGGUGGACAUCCAGAGGCAGCAGCGGAUGGAGCUGCUGGACCGGCAGCUCAUGCUCUCGCAGCUGGCCCAGGCCCGACGGACCCGGCAGGAGCAUGGGAGAGUGCUCGACUGGAACCGGCUCUUCCCACCCCUACGACAGCGGCGCAAUGCCAACGACCAGGAGGGCCGGCGCCCAGAGCAGCCCGCAGCCCCGCCACUGGAGGUCUCCGAGGAGCAGGUGGCCCGGCUGAUGGAGAUGGGCUUCUCCCGGGGGGACGCCCUGGAGGCGUUGCGAGCCUCCAACAAUGACCUGAACGUGGCCACCAACUUCCUGCUGCAGCACUGACCGGCGCCCGCCACCCGGCUCCGUAGCCCGCGGGCACGGGCUGAGCUCGCUGUUGAGUUAGCAUGUCGCUCUCGCUUUCCUGUCCCGUGGGGGCCGCCCGCCCCGGGAGACUCCCAGCUCCUCCCCGAUGGACGUGGCAAUGGACAAAGGCGGCGUGGCCACCCCGCCCUCCCGGGACGCCCCAGCGUGCGUCCUUUCAGAAAGGACGCGCCCAGCCUCCUCGAGGACUUCCUUCUCUGCCGGUUCUGUUCGUUUCCCUGCUCAGAUUUGCUUUCAGGCCGCUCCGGCUGCUCCGCGUCCAGGCCCCCGGGUUCCGCGCCCGCCAGCUCUCGGGCAGCCAGUCCAGGGGCCCCGCCUCCUUCUCCCGACCUCCAUCUGCAAACACCAGCCGUGAUCAGGUUCUGAGUUGAGUUUGGGGGCUGGGGGUGGGGGGACACCUCACGGGAUCCCCAGGCACCGCCCCAAGUGACCUGUGUCAAGCGCCCACGGCUGCCUCUCGGCGUGGCAGCAAACACCAGCGCGGCCGCUCCCUGAGCUGCCCCGUCCCUAGGGCGGCAAGCAGAGAGCAGGCCAGGAGCCAGCGUGGGAAGCUGAUGCCGCCUACCCGGGAGGGAGAGAAAUUGUGCAAGUAUUGUCUUCUGCAAAAUGAGCAGGAAUGUAUCAAAUUGAUGCAAAUUUGGACGUGUGUGAGCUGUACAAUAAAGUUU